AUGAUUUUGCAACAAGUCUGGACAUUGAAGGUAGAUUGGGACGAAUCCCUUCCGACAGACGUACACACAGAAUGGAUCAAAUACCACACCCAAUUGCCGUUGUUAAAUGCGGUAAGGUUCCCUCGGAAGACCAUCAUAGAAUCCGCAACGAAAAUUGAGCUACACGGAUUCUGUGACGCUAGCGAAAGGGCAUAUGGGGCGUGCGUCUACGUGCGGACGACGGACCGAAAGAACAAUAUUUGGACUCGACUCCUCACGGCGCGAUCGAAGGUAGCGCCGCUCAAAUCGCUCUCCAUACCACGUCUCGAAUUAAGCGGGGCACUUAUUUUGACGUCCUUGAUUUCGUCAAUACGACAGGCCCUGACGACCAAGAUAUCGCGGAUAGUAUACUGGACUGACUCCAUCAUCGUGCUCCAUUGGAUCAGGUCUUCGCCGCACACCUUGAAAACAUUUGUGGCGAAUCGAGUCGCUGAGAUACAGACCAAGACCAAUAUCUCCGACUGGCGUCAUGUGCCUACCGACGAUAAUCCAGCGGAUCUCAUCUCCCGAGGCCAGACGCCCAAGGAAUUCCUAUGUCCGUCCAUUUGGAAAAACGGGCCAAGGUGGCUCCUGCAAAGCGAAAGCUAUUGGCCGGUCUGGAGCCCGACACCGGUAGUCGACCUCCCGGAGCAAAAGAAGACGAUCUGUCUGAGGACGAGUGUUAACGACAACACACUCCUCCAUCGCUACUCGUCUUGGCCAAGACUAAUAAGAAUCGUCGCCCGGUGUCUUCGAUGGAGACAUAAGCAACACCGAACUGCCCAUCUCACCACAGACGAACUGACUGCAGCGCACAACAGACUAAUAAAAAUAUUACAAUCCCAUCAUUUCGCGCCUGAAAUUCGGAUCCUCCAAAAAAAUCGAAGCGAGGACGUUGGAGGGAAACUACAACCAUUAAACCCCUUCCUCGACGAAGAUGGGCUACUCCGGAUAGGAGGGCGACUAACCAACUCCGCCAUACCCUUCAGCCAAAAACACCCGAUCAUCCUACCGAAAUCCCCGGUGACAGAGCUAAUUAUAGAGCAAGAGCACCGGAACAAUCAUCACACAGGGACACAAGCUACACUAUACGCGAUGAGACUGCGCUAUUGGCCGAUCGACGGCCGUAGCCAGGCGGUCCACAUAGAGUUAGUCAGCGACCUAACCACCGACGCCUUCUUGGCCGCGCUACGCCGUUUCAUCUCGCGGCGAGGAUACUGCGCAACGAUCCUCACCGACAACGGCACCAAUUUCGUCGGGGCUAAUCGGGAGCUGCAAGAACUCCGGACCCUAUUGCAGUCCGACGACCACCAGGAUAGGGUACAGAAUUUUCUCGCCGACCGACAAAUACAAUGGCGUUUUAAUCCUCCGAACUCACCACAUUUUGGCGGCUUAUGGGAAGCCGCAGUUAAAUCGUUCAAACGCCAUCUCAUCCGCGUGGUCGGCACGGAGCUCCUGACCUUUGAACACCUCAACACCCUUGUGAUCGAAAUUGAGGCCAUUCUCAAUUCACGCCCACUGACUCCCAUCUCAUCCGAUCCGAAAGAUCCCCCUGUCCUCACUCCCGGUCAUUUUCUAAUCGGUGAUACCCUAACCAGUUUACGGGAGCGUGAUUUCAGGACAGUUCCAUCAGGCCGGCUAUCCAGUUGGCAGCGCAUUCACCAGAUUAAGCAGCACUUCUGGAGCAGAUGGUAUCGGGAGUACCUAAAUGAGCUAACCCGCCGCAACAAAUGGGACAAGGGCAAACAUAACAUUCGUGAAGGCACCGUAGUAAUCCUCAGGGAGGAUAACGUGCCCUCUAUGCAGUGGCCUUUGGGCCGCGUAAUCAAGGUCCAUCCAGAAGCCGAUGGAAUCAUCCGGACCGCUACCGUGCAGACGGCAACAAGCAUCCUGGACCGCGGUGUCAAAAGACUGGUCCCCUUACCCAUCCACCCAGAUCCAGACGAGGCCGAACGUCCACACGGAGCGAAGGAAGUCACCAACGACGCACCUGACUCCACAGCCAGAAUUUGA